UCCGUUUGUACUCGAGGGUAGGCGGCAUAUCAUAUAUUCGAGGCCAUGCCGCCGGUUGGUUUUCAUGUGUCGCAUUUUCCUUUCCUUUCGUUUUUUCCGUAGCAGUAGAGGUGUCAUUUUCCUUUUUAUCAGAUCCAUUUAUCAAUUACACAUUCAUUUUCUAUAAACCAAGUCGAGAAAAAACAAGAAAACAAGAUGCCGAGAUUCGAGAUCCAGAUUCAUCGCCCCGGUCGAUACCCCCGGCCCUUUCAUCUCCAACCCUCCAGCUCUCCAAACUCCAACACCCAAAAGCCGAGCCUCAAGCAUGCCAACUCCGAACACUCUCGCUAUGUCCAGAUGCUCCUCCAGCAAGAUGACAUUCCUUUGUUGCACAACAUUCUCGCCUCCGUAUUCGUCUGGCUCCUGCUGGCAGGAUUCCUCGUCUUCCCCGGAACAUUCACAAGUCUCCAGGCCUCGGUUGCGAAGCAGGGCGACAACGACCAUACCUUUUCAGACCAAGCCGCCAAGCUCCUCGUAAAGAGCAUCAAGAACAUUCCUCUUCUUGUCAUCGCUGCCGUAAUGUGUGGCAUCUCCGCCAUCGGCAUGCUCACUCUCACCAUCCUCCAUGCGAAAAACUACGUCUGGAUCGUGAACAAGUUGUUUCUGCCGGGCAUGACCAAUUCUCUGGCUGGAUUGGUGUCGACGCUCAUUGGCGUGUACUCUCAACAACAUGGCACUUGGAGCAUCACAGCCCGCAUUACUGCUAUUGCUGAGGGAGCUUCACUCGUGGUCUGUGGCGGGCUUUUCCUCUUUUGCCGGUUGGCUCUCUUGAGCAAGGUUAAGGAAAGCCAUGAAGAGCACUACAAAAGUUGGCCGGGACAUAGAUAUUCAAAGCAACUGUUCCAGGAUAAGCCGACAUGACCUCUUAUAAGGAAUGACGAUGCAAUCUAAACCCAAAAAAUGCACUUCGCUGGCGAAGAAUGAGAUAUGAAAACUUCGGAUGGAUAGGAGGAAACAGGAAACUUGGCAGAGGAUAGACAUUAAUCAUUAAUUAAUUACUCAAUUUAGACG